AUGGAUUCCAAAUCGAAGGUGGAGGAACUGGAGGAGGCAAAGCCCACCCCUCUCAAUCGAUAUGGCGACCAUGCGCAACAGGAGAAACUAACGCGGAGGAUACUACUGAAAUUGGAUACGCGAAUUCUUCCUAUGCUGGCACUGCUGUUUCUGUGUUCUUUUCUUGAUAGGACAAAUGUCGGCAAUGCGAAGAUUAUUGGCUUAGAGGAGGACCUUUCUAUUUCUGAUCAUCAAUACGACGUUGGUUUGGCUGUGUUCUAUCUUACCUAUAUCUGCAGUGAAUUGCCGAGUAAUCUGGUGCUAAAGAAGGCAUCGCCAAAGCUUUGGCUCCCAUUUUUGACGGCUAUCUGGGGUAUCAUCACCAUGUGUCUUGGGUUCGUGCAAAACUUCGCUGGUUUUGUGGCUGUUCGCGCAUUGUUGGGUAUUGCGGAGGGUGGCUUACUCCCGGGAAUGGUGUUAUAUCUGUCUACAUUCUAUCGAAGGGGCGACCUUGCUCUACGAAUUGGUCUGUUUUACACAGCUGCUUCUUUGUCCGGUGCAUUUGGGGGUCUUCUUGCCCGUGGACUAGCUGAAAUUGGACCUCGUGGAGGUUUAGAAGGCUGGCGCUGGAUCCUUAUCAUCGAGGGACUUUUGGUUCGAUGUUCAAUCUCAAAAAUGGCUAGUGUAAUUGCUAACAAACGGCAGACAUUCCUCUGCGGAGUCCUGAGCUUCUUCGUCCUUCCGAACAGCAUAGAAUCAGCAUCUUUCCUGACUAGCGAGGAGAAAGAAUUUGGCCGGGAGAGAUUGAUGCUUGAUAAUCCCAGGACUGUAGAAGGAACCCUAGCAUCAGAAGCAGAAUCUUUCAAAUGGUCAGAAGUCCGCCGCGGUGUCCUAGAUCUACAAGUAUGGCUCUCCGCAACAGCUUACUUCGCCAUCCUAUCAGGCCUGUACUCUUUCGGUCUAUUCCUCCCAACCAUAAUCAAGAAUCUCGGCUUCGCCAAAGAUGCAAACGAAGUCCAACUCUGGUCGGUGAUCCCCUACGCCGUCGCAGCAGCAGUCACCGUGGUAGUGGCAAUUAUUUCGGAUCGUCUUCGCCUGAGAGGUGUCGUCAUGCUAUUCACCCUUCCAGUUGCUAUAAUAGGCUACGCUGCCAUCGCCAAUAUUCACUCGCCGCGCGUUCAAUAUGGCAUGACUUUCCUCAUGGCCACUGGAAUGUACGCUAGUGUGCCUUGUAUUCUGGUUUGGUUGUCGAAUAAUUCCGCUGGACAUUAUAAAAGGGCUACGACUUCGGCUAUGCAGUUAGCUAUUGCCAAUGCUGGAGGUUUUGUUGCAACCUUCAAUUAUCCAUCCAAGGAUGGCCCUCUCUUCCAUCGUGGACAUACUAUUAUUCUUGGCUUAUUGUGUUUCGCUUGGUUUAUGAUUCUACUUAACGUGCUCUACUGCGCGAAAAUUAACCGAGACAAGAAGAAUGGCAAAUAUGACCGGUACGCUGGUUACAACGACGACCGGAACCCAGAAUUUAUGAUGAUCCUUUGA